AUGUCAAAGUUGAUCAAUUGGGUUGUCUCGAACGCGACAGGAGGAUCACCUAUCAACUUGAUUGAAAAAGUAUUCUCAUCAACGUAUACAGCUGUUUCAAGGGUGGCUUUGGGAGGUGAAUCCAAAGAGAAGGAUGAGCUCAUAUCGGUUAUCAAGGAAUCUUCAGAGCUAAUAGGAGGAUUCAAUAUACAAGAUGUGUUUUCGUCCUUGAAAUUGCUUCAUUGGAUUAGUGGGGUUACCUCUAGAUUGGAAAAUUUUCACCAGAGAAGCUCCAACAUUCUUCAAAACAUUAUAAACCAACACAUUAAGUCCAAGGCAACACCGCCAAUGGACGGGAAAUCUUGCGAACAAGCUGAAGAUUUGGUUGAUCUUCUUCUCAACUUUCACAAACCCAAUGCUGAAUUCCAAUUAACGGUCAACAAUAUCAAAACAGUAAUUCAGGAUGUGUUAGUUGGUGGAGGUGAAACAUCCUCAGCAACUGUUGAUUGGGCUAUGGUAGAAAUGAUUAAAGACCCAAGUAUAAUGAAAAAGGCACAAGCAGAGGUAAGGCAGGUUUUCGACGAUAGAGGAAGUUUUGAUGAAACUACGAUUCCUGAACUGAAGUAUUUGAAAACUCGAGUACUAGUCAAUGUGUGGGCGAUUGGAAGAGACAGUGAGUAUUGGGUUGAUGCUGAAAGAUUUUACCCAAAGAGCUUCCUAGAUAAUCCUAUUGAGUUCAUGGGGAUGAAUUUUGAGUACAUUCGAUUUGGUGCUAGAAGGAAGAUAUGUCCAGGCAUGACGUUUGGUCUUGCCAAUGUUGAGAUUAUGCUUUCGCAGUUGUUGUAUCAUUUUGAUUGGAAACUCCCUAACGGGACUUGUUCUGACUAUGUUAACAUGAAGGAUUUCUUCGGCAUAACAAUGAGAAGAAAAGAUUAUCUCUACUUAAUUCCUACCCCUUAUCGCUCCUAA